AUGGCUUUAACCGCUGUAGCCCUCGUCUUGACUGCCAUCUUCAUUCUUUGGUAUAUAUUGUGGGAUACGUCAGUGACAUCAGUCAGACCUCUUCGCAAUGAUAGCUUCUCCUUCUUGAGACAACGACCUCAGGACUGGCAGAGCUUUGUUGUAGACACUGGUCACACCAAAAAGAAGCGUCAGAGCCUUCCAAAUUUGGAGAAAAUUAGUUGGCCGGAACGGGAAUAUUUACCUUCAUCGGUGGGUGCUCCAGGUACCCGUCCGUGGCCCCAUGGCACCCAUUUCAGUCAUGAACAAAUGCGUACACUGUGGAAGCUCUUCGACACAUUUGUUAAUGUCAUGGAUGAGCUCGGUUUCAGUGACAGAUGGAUGCUCCAUGCUGGCACACUGCUUAGAUCUUUUCGACACCAUGACAUCAUUCCCUGGGACGAUGACAUUGAUGUCCUCGUCGACAAGGCGGUUAGGCCAGCGCUGUGGAAGAAAAUGGCCACUCUCCGGCCAAAUUAUACACUCCAAGAAUGUAGUAAUUGGGACAAGCUUUCGGCAAAAAUAAUUGUGUCCAAGCAUUCCUCGCUGGAUGUUGAAGGCAGUCGCAUCCUUAAUGCCUAUGGUUGGGCCUGGCCAAUGUUAGACAUCGGGUACUACUGCUCUGAUGUCACCCAC